AUGGCGGACACUCCCAUCACCUGGCAUCCUCACACGAACGGUGAUCCCCUUACUAGGUUGGGACAAGGCACAGAUACGGAUAUUUCAAUUAUGAACUCAACGGUAGUGACUCCACCAUCUCGACUUCGGAGGGAACAUCGAAAUGAUCAGCAAUCCCCAGAAUCCCGAGGCCGUGAAGGAGCUACGGGCAUCGACUCGCAAUGGCCAUUAAAAUCAAUGCCUGUCCCCAAGUGGCGGAUUACGAUUCGCGCAUUUUCGCAGCGAUCAGCUAGCCCUGUAGUUGAUCUGAGCGAACAUCGGAAUGCCGAGAAGAGAACCAAAAAUAGUGAUCACGACAGUCAUGAUAUUGAAAGCAUACGUUCGGGCCAUGUGGGGACGGUGGCUGCUGCGGAUGUCACCUGA